UGGUACAAUCCGAUUGGCGGCGGGAGCCGAGUGGCUCCUCCUCCUCCCAAGAGCCGCGUCCACGGCAGGGGGUGGAGGGCGCGCCAUGGCGGCGUGUCGAUUUCGGAGGAGCAUCGCUGCUCAGCUUUCACAUAUUCUGGAGACGCCGCCAGAAAACUUGAUUAAGUCAAUAUAUGCUGUUCCAGUGUCAAGAAAAGGGCAGGCGUAUGAUUUCCAACUCUCUGUGAGUUCUGUGCUGGAUGCUAGCUCCAGCAAUUACUCAAAGUCAGAUAUUCAGCUUGAAGCCCAGAAGCUGGCAAAGAAGUUAAAAUGUGAUCCAGUGGUGAGUGAAAUCAGCGCAGGUGAAGGAACAGUAAACUUCACAAUAAAUCGAGAAUUAUUAGCAAAGACAGUGUUGCAGCAAGUGUUUGAGGAUGGCUCCAAAUAUGGGAUAAAGAGUGAACUUUUCUCAGGAUUGCCAAAAAGAAAAAUUCUGAUUGAGUUUAGUUCACCCAACAUUGCAAAGAAGUUUCAUGUGGGUCAUUUGCGCUCUACAAUAAUAGGAAAUUUCAUAGCAAAUAUCAAAGAAGCAACGGGACAUCAUGUUACAAGAGUAAAUUACCUUGGAGAUUGGGGCAUGCAGUUUGGUUUGUUGGGAGCUGGCUUCCAGCAGUUUGGCUCUGAAGAAAAACUAAAAUCUAAUCCUUUGCAGCAUCUUUUUGAGGUUUAUGUACAGGCCAAUAAAGCAUCAGAAGAGGAGGAAAACAUUAAAAAGCUGGCGCAAGAUUUCUUUAGAAGAUUGGAGGCACGUGAAGAACAAGCCGUGUCAUUGUGGCAACAUUUUAGAGACAUUAGCAUUGACGACUAUGCCCGGAUGUACAAGCGCCUGGGCGUGUGCUUUGAUGAAUAUUCUGGAGAAUCAUUCUACCAGGAGAAAAGCCAAGAAGUCUUAAAGAUGCUGGACACGAAAGGACUCCUUAAGAAAACUCAAGAAGGAACAGGAGUAGUUUACCUAUCGGAAAAGGAGGACUGUUCUGCUGUGAUGCGGAGUGAUGGAACCUCGCUCUAUCUAACGAGAGAUCUUGCUGCUGCUAUAGACAGAGUGGAAAAAUGGAAUCCUGACACUAUGAUAUAUGUGACAGAUAAAAGCCAGAUCCCUCAUUUUCAACAGGUCUUCCAGAUACUAAAAUUAAUGGGUUACCAAUGGGCAGAAAGGUGCCAGCAUGUGCCCUUUGGAAGAGUUCAAGGAAUGAGGACUCGGAAAGGAGAAGUGGUUUUCCUUGACGAUGUUUUGGACGAAGCUCGCUCCAUGGUGAUAGAACAAAGUGCUUCUGCAAAAACAACCAAAGAACUGGACAACCCUCUUGAGACAGCUGAGAGGAUUGGGCUCGCAGCAUUUAUCAUUCAGGACCUCAGGGGCCUCCUAUUAUCUGAUUAUCAGUUCAGCUGGGAUCGUAUUCUCCAGAGCCGAGGUGAUACUGGUGUCUUCCUGCAGUACACACACGCCAGACUGCACAGUUUAGAAGAGAUGUGUGGAGCAGUCAAUCAGGCGUCUUGCAUUAACGCUGCAUGCCUACAAGAUCCACAGGCUAUUUCGCUAAUUCAGCACCUUCUCAGGUAUGAUGAGAUUCUUUACAAGUCUUCUCAAGAUCUCCAGCCCAAGCAUAUUGUUGCCUAUCUCCUUAAACUAAGUCACUUAGCAGCUGUGGCUCACAAAAUGCUACCUGUGAAAGGCAGUGUUCCGGAACUAGCAGAGGCAAGGCUCUGUUUGUUCCAGGCUGUUCGCUCCGUUCUGGCUAAUGGAAUGAAGCUUCUAGGAAUCACACCUGUCAAUAAAAUGUAAAGAGAAGAUCUCCUGCACUGCGUAUUCUAAACUAUACGAGUUUUGAAGACUAGCUGUUAUUCUGUCCUUGCUUCUCUAUAUUGCUUGGACCAGAGGUGGGAAACGUGUGGACUUUUAAGAUGUCUUUGGACUCCCACCAACCCCAGACAAUGGAUCAGAGAUUAAAGGAGUUGCAGUCUGGCAGUA